GGGGUGGGGGGUGAGGGAAUGUUGGACUGCAAUGGAGCAGAAUGCCAUACAGUGGUUAGGCCCCCCGUGCUGCCUGCGAGGCUCCUUCGCCUUCUACAAGUCGGUGAGCUGCAAGCCCGAGUCCGGUGGCCCCGUUAAGGUCUGGAGACUUGGAGAGUUCUACUAUGUGCGCUGUGGCCCUCAGGAGCCCGUGUGUAUCGCUGAGAUCACCCUGCUAUGGGAGGAUCAGAGACAGCGUCACCCUCUGGCCAGCUGCAGACUUUAUUACCUACCAGAUGACACGCCUAAGGGCAGAACCAAGGAACACGGAGAGGAUGAAGUCAUCGGUGUCUCAAAGAAGGUUGUGGUGCGAGUGGACAACCUGGUGAAAUGGACCUGUUCGGAGCCACCCGAGUGGAAGCAGAACGCCACGAAAAUCGGCGACCUCCACGUGCUCAAAGGUUCCCCCUGUAUAACCGAUCAACAGGAAGUGAAAGCCAAGGAUGAUGUUUCAGGAGUUCAGCACAGGGUCAAGGUGCUCAGUUACCCGCAGUACUGCCGCUUUCGCUCCCUUCAGAAACGGAUCCAGGACCGCGCGGGCUGGUCCACUCCGCAAGACCCCCACCUCCUGGCCUUGGGCUGGAUCAAAAUGACGCUACACAACACCCGAGUCCUGUACUGCAGAGACACCUUCAGCCAUCCCAGUCUGGGCACCAACCCGAGUUUAACGCCCGAGUUUGGAUGCCUUUCUGUGAGCCUGAAGGGACGGCCUCGGAAAAGACGAGGCAGAGACGGCGAGGGACUCGAUCAGCAAAGCCUCAACCACUCCGAGUCAUGGGGAGAGAGAACCAAGGAGAACGUCAUGAGCAACGUGGAGACGAUGGCGGGAAGCUGGCUUCCUCAUCCUGAAGAGAAGAUCUUCCUGGAUCAGCUGUAUCUCUUCAUGGAGCGGAGAGGAUCCCCCAUCUGCAAGGUUCCCAACCUCGGCUUCAAAAAGAUUGAUCUCUUCCUGAUGUACUCGGUUGUCAACAAGCUGGGGGGAUAUGAGGCGGUGACGUCUCGGCGCAUGUGGAAAGCGGUCUACAACGAGCUAGGCGGAAGUCCAGGCAGUACCAGCGCUGCCACCUGCACCAGGAGACAUUAUGAAAAGUUGAUGCUGCCGUACGAGCAGCACAUAAGGGGAGGAAAUCAACAGCAGCUCAGCAAACCCAAACCUCCAGCAGCUUCAGUGACGUCCAUCAGAAAGCCUGUGCGCGGGAGACUCCCGGGCGCUCAGAGGAAGAACGGGAUCACCGGUCGGACACCACAAGAUGGCGUCGGUGUACGGAAAAGAGGGCGACCUCCUGGCAAACGGAACGUUAAAGUUUUUGUCCGAGGCAGAGUUGGUAGACCCCCGUCUCAUCCUAAACCUUCAAGUGAGAAGGUAGUGAGUAAAGUCGCCAGCCCGAUCUCCGUCAUCCAGGAGCUAAGGAUUUCUCCAGCACCCACAACUGCUACCACUACGCCCCAUCUACCUAAAGAUGAGGAAGAUAAGACGAUAAAGCAGGAGAAUGAACCUUCCAGUCCUUGCUUAACGUCUGGCCAAUCCAAGCUGCAGAUUGGGGGCUCUCUAGAAGGCUUCAGCCCGACUAAGGGGAUGUGUCCCCUGGACUUCUUCAGAGCUCACUUGGGCCUCAGUGGUGUGAGCAGUUCAGAGACGACACAGGAGGCUUCAAUCACAAGCCAGACCAAUGCUAGGAGUCCAGACACGCCAGAGGAUUUGCAUCACCAGUGUUCUGGGUGCAACUCGACGCAUCCGUCUUGGACUGGAGGCCCAAGAGAGGGCCUGACUGCCAGACCUCAGUUUCCUCCACUUAAGAUCCUCCCAUUGGAUAUCGAUUGUAGUCUUCAGUUGCGGCAGUUGAUGCACACCCGCCUCGGUGCCGCACAUAUGAACACGUUCACCAAACGUCUUUCGGAAGCAUUGGCUCAGGAUCUUAGCAAGACCAACGGUCAUGCUGUGCCGGUUCCCCAGGAGCAGGCUGUUCCUCUCAACCUAAGUAAGAAACCCACAACCAAGAGGUCUUCAGAUGACAUGGAUCCCCAGUGGCAAAGAGACUCUGAGACCAAGCGGCUGAAGAUGGAACCUGUAGACCUUCGUCUCACACUAAAGCAGAACGGAGGGUCUUCAGGACAGACGACGGUCCAGGACGAGCCUGCUGAUCUGAGCUGUCCACGCAGGGCCAGGGCUUUUCAGGACAUGUCUAGCUUGGUCUUGACCGGACCUCAGGAUUCACCUCUAUCUCCAACAUCUGACCUAAAUCCUUCCACAGACUCCGUUUUCCCUUUAAGUCUCGUCUCGUCAUCAGGCACUGCUCUGAAAUGGCAGGAAAACAAUUUAAACGUCGUUGAUCUGAAGUUAGGCGAGACUCCUGAGAGAAUUGUGGUUAAUCAGGCCGCGGAAUCUUGCCCUAAAAGUGAGCAGCUCUCCCAACAUAUUCCUUUUGAGGAUUCCAAGACGAGGGAUUAUAAAGUUCCCUCUCUCAAAGAGUUCCCCAGUUUUUCCAAGCCAUCGCAAAGUUGUUGAUGUGCAGGCAUAAAGGCAUGUCUGUCUGAAGAAAAGUCCAACUUUGUCCUCCUCACUCCUUUUUGUACGUACACUCACUGGACACUAUCGCCGUUCCUCUGUUUAUUUAUGUAAUUACAUAAAUCAGCCAAUCUUGGAGCAGAAUCGCUCUAUGAAACGUCAAAAUCAAACAUCAGCACGGAAUCCGUUUUGGACAAACGUGUCCACUAGGUAGCCUCAGAGUUCUGCUCUUCACUAUAAUGAGAGGAACCAGACGUCAUCCGCUGUUGUAGCUCAACCGCUUCGACUUCAGUGUUGAUGAUUUUCUGCUCAUCACGGCUCUACACAGUGGUUACUUAAGGUUCUGUACCUCAAACCAGUCAGUCCAGUUCUUCUCAGACCUCUCUCAACAUUAAUAUAUUCCAUUGCCACUACCUGAUUGGCUGAUUCGGAUCAUCAGCGUUAAUGAGCAGGAGUACGGGUGUUCCUGUAAAAGUGACCAGUCGGUGGACAGUCCUGCUUUUUUUUUUUUUUUUUUUUUUUUUUUGCCCAAGCAUCUAAAACACUACUACUGUACU